AUGUUCGCCCUGGUGGUACUGUUGGUUUUGGGAUGCCUCAGCCAGGAAGCCUGGUCCUGUUCGUGCGGCAUCAGACACCCCCAGUCUGUGUACUGUGACUCCGCUAUUGUGAUGCGGGUAAAGUUUGUUGGGCAGAAAGUCAGUGAAAAGAUUAGCAACAGAGUGCAGUAUCGGAUUAAGACUACAAAGAUUUUCAAGGCCCCUGAAGGAUAUGAGGACAUCCAGGACCUGUACACUUCCAUCUCUGAGAGUUUGUGUGGCUAUCAGCACGCUUCAACUAACAAGAGCGAAGAAUUUAUCGUUGCUGGACAUAUUGUGGACAACAAUGUGUUCAUUAACUCUUGCAGCUUCAUAGCACCAUGGGCUUCCCUGACUUACUGCCAGAAGAGGGGUUUCCUGCAAGCAUAUGCCAAGAACUGCGAGUGCAAGAUCAAGCAGUGCUCCAUUCCACCUUGUGAGGUAGAUGAUGAUCGCCAGUGUCUUUGGACAGACCACCUGACCAGACAGAAGAGCAGCCACUCUGGACACCAGGCUGCCAAUUUGGCCUGUGUCAACAACGGCAAUAGCCUGUGCAUCUGGGACUCACUUAAGUCCCGCAUCUACUCCCUAUCUGCCAAAUCUGCUACCAAGUAA